CUUAAUUACUUAUGUAUGUAUAUUUCCAUCUAUGGCAGCUGUAAGAGCUUUAAAACGGCAAAGCGUGGUGAAAUCUGCCGCAUACCCGGCUGUUCGGUAUCGCCUGCAGCGCCGGGUACGCCCACGCCAGUGCGCCUGCCGCACGUCAACCCGGACGUCUUUCGGCAAUUCAUUGUUUACGUUUACACAGCGAAGAUUAUGCUGCAAGAUUCGCGUGUCUUUGAAAUGAUGACACUCGCUCAAGAUAUGGGCGUCGAAGAGCUGCGUGCGGCCUGUGAAGAUCAUGUGAUUUCCACGUUGUCGGUGGACAAUGCAUGCACUUUUCUCACAUCCGUUAUGGAAAUACACGAAAAAGCAGGUGCCAAAUGCGCUGCUUCGUUUAUGGAACGCUGCAUAAUUUACAUUGGUGAGAAUGCCAGUGAGUGUGCCAAAACCAAUGCUUUUCUGAAUUUGACCAAGGACGCAUUGGUGAAGUUGAUAUCCUCAGAUUACUUUUGUCUCGAAGAGGAGGACGUCUGGCGAUGCGUGCUCGCCUGGGCUAAGAAUCAAGCUGGCGUCACACAACCCACCGCACAUUGGACUGAGGAGGAACGUGCACGCGUUUGUCAACACCUAUCGGGUGUGAUGUGUCACGUACGUUUGCUGUUAAUCGAUAGUCAAGUAUUCGCAGAGGAGGUUGAGCCUACUGGUGCUGUGCCUAUGGAACUGUCAUUGGAACGUUAUCGUUAUGCAGCUCUACACUCCAAUAAAACUGGUGGCAGUGGUAGUAGUGUUGGCGUUGGUGGGGGUUCGAUGAUGCCGUCUGUACCGGGUAUGACGGAGGAUGAUAAGCGUUUGCAGCCGCGCUUAACAGUCAAUAUGUUCCCAGGAUCGCAAUUGUUGCGGAAUGAUAAACUGUAUUUACAAAGCGUACUGAAUGGGUGGUAUGGCAUGCCUAAACAAUCUUGGCGUUUAGUGUUUCGCGCCUCAACCCAUGGCUACUCAUCGAGCGCUUUCCACCGUUACUGUGAUGGUGUGGCACCUUGCUUUGUUGUUGGCAUUGGUUCGCGUGGCGAGCUAAGCGGGGGCUACACAGAUGUUGCAUGGGCAAAAACGAGUCGUAAAGGCGGCUAUAUACAUUCGGAGCGCGCAUUCUUAUUCGCGCUCAAUCCCGCUGGUGGUGAUCCAUCCGUUAAGUUUGAUAUAAUCAAGAAGCCCUAUGCCAUAUGCUAUCACCCAGACUGCGGUCCUAUUUUCGGUGCUGGCGCUGAUUUGCUCAUCGCCAAUAAUUGCAAUACGAAUAUGGAUUCGUAUUCGAAUUUGCCUCAUUCGUAUGAUGGCCCUAACGCCUCUUACUUGACACUCUUUGGUGAUUACAAUUUCACGGUUGUUGACUAUGAAGUCUAUACAUUAUCCACAACCACAGCCGUCGGCAGCGCAGGCGGCAUAGGAACAGUAGGCGGCAGUGGCAAUGGAAAUAGCAGUAACAAUAAUAACAACAGUGGUACUUCGGGCAAUAAUGGCAGUAACAGUAAUAAAAAUGGUUCAUCAUAUAACAGUAGUGGCAACAACAAUAGCAGCGGCAAUUUGUCAACGAAUAUCGUUGGCGGCAGCAAUGGUGGGGGUGUGGGUGCUGGCAGUGGUGGCGUUGUUGGCGGCAUGCACAAACCAAAGUAUGAAAGAUAUUGAUUGGAUAUAUAUAUAUAUUUUUUUUAAUUUCUUAAUGUUUGUACUUCCAAUUUGGUUUUGCUGUUAUUUAUGCUUUUAAAAAGUCUAAUUAAUCUUUGACUUUUUUCAUAGCUUUGCCCCAUGAAAUAGAUAUAUGUGCACUUAAAAUUUAUUUAAUAUUUUUUAAAUAAUGUACCUACUUGUUUUUUAUUUGAGUCCACAUGCAAAAUCGAGCCUCAGUACUUGUAACUUCUUGAGCUGACGCAUAUUCAAAAUAAAGCUAAAUGCUCUGUACUAAGGUGGGUGCAAAUCAUUCGUGUAAA